AACAAUUUCAACAAGAUCAAAUUCAAAAUUUUAGAAAUCAACUUCAUGAUUAUUUUACAAUAGAUGAAAAUCUUUCAUUUGAUCAAAUACCUCAACUUAUUAUUGAUCAAAUUACUAAAGAUCGAGAUGAUUUUAAUCAACAAUAUGAAAUAUUACAAAAAACAAAUGAUGAACUUCGAUCAGAAUCAGAAACAAAUCUUGAAACAAUCAAACAAUCUUAUACGAAUACAAUUAAUGAACUUAAUCAAGAAUUACUAAUAUUAAAAGAAGAAUUAGAAAAACAAACAAAUAGUCUCAAUCAACAACAAUUCAUUGAAACAUCCAAACAACCAUUCGAUGAGAUUCCACUUGAUACAACUAUUUCGAAUGAUGAAAAUGAAGAAGUAUCUUCUAUCAUUGAAAAUAAUCUUGCAUGGGAACAAGUAUUAAUUGAAAUUCUACGAAAUGAACUAGAAGAUUAUAUACCCAUUAAUUAUAAUGUUUCAAUCAAUGAAAUUGUUCAACAAAUUGUUGAAGAAAUAAAAAAAGAACGAGAACAAUCUAAUGAACGUUAUCAAGCAUUAGAAAAAGCAAAUAAUCAACUUCAAUUAGAAUUAGAAAAUAAUAUGGAAUCAAUUCGUCAAUCAUAUACAAAUACAGUAAAUGAACUUAAUCAAGAAUUACUUGCAAUGAAAGAACAAUGCGAACAACUUGAUAGUGAAAAACAAUUUUUGACUAAUCAACUUGAAAAUCAAUCCAUGAUGAUUAAUCAAGAACUUGAUAUACAACAAACUGAAAAGCCUCUUAAUACAAUUGAUGAUAUGAAUCGUAUUUUGGAAAAUUUACAAAAUAUAUUAUCACUUUCAAAGGACACUUCUAUUGAAGAUAUCAUUUUUCAUAUAAAUAAUUUAGUAAAAGAUAAUGUUCUCUUGAAAGAAAUAGAAACUUCAUUGACAAAAGAUCUUGAAUAUAUAAAUCAACAAUUGAUUGAUGUUGAUCGACAAUGUGAACAAUUAAAAGAACAUAAUAAAGAAUUAUUAUUAAAAAGAUCAACAAAUUCAAUAGAUGAUGAUCAACUUCAACAAGAUUAUAUUUUAUUAGAAAAUCAAUGUAUACAAUUAGAUAAUGCAAAUCGAGCAUGGCAACAAUUUUAUGAUAAUCAAAUAGAUUUAUUAAAAAAUAAAUUUAAAGAUCAUUUAGAUUUUCAUAAGAAUUUAGAUUUUGAUCAAAUUCUUCAAAUUAUUGCUACAAAACUUGAUGAACAAAAUAAUCGUAUGAAGAUAAAUAUCCCAUCAGAAACUACAACAACAACAACAAACAUUGAUGUAUCAGAAAAAUCACUAUUGAACCCAGAACAAAAUAACCAAAUUUUAAAUCUUCAAGAAGAAAUUCAAUGUUUAGAACAACAAUUAAACGAAGAUCAAUAUUUAAUUGAUUCAUUAAAAAAUAAUUUUCAAUUAAUUACACAAGAAAAUAUACAACUUACAAAAAAAUAUGAUGAAAUUCAACAAAAAAAUAAUUUACUUAUAAAAGAUAAUGAUAAUUUAACUAAUCAAUUAAAUGAAUUAAAAAAUCAAUCUUUUCCUCUUGAUUCUCAACAAGAAAAUAAUUUACAAUUAUCAAAUGAUCAUAUCCAACGAACUCAUGAUUCUUCAAUUGAAGAAAGUCCAUUAAAUAUAAUUUCACAUGUUCAAUCUUCCAAUAUGAAACAAGACAAUGAAGAAAUUGAACAAUUAAAAACUAAUCUUGCUCUUGUUACAAAUCAAUGUGCUCAAUUAAAUGAAGCUAAUCGUGCAUGGCAACAAUAUCAUCAAAAUCAACUUGAAUUAUUUCAUAAUAAAUUACAAGAUUUGAUUCCAUUGAAUGAAAAUUCAACACUUGAACAAAUAGCACAUCAAAUUUCUAUUUAUCUUAAUCAAUUAGAAUAUGAUAGAAAUUUAUUAUUACAAAAUAAUAAUCCAUCAGGUAUAAUAUUAUCUUAUAAAGCAAUCGUUUUGCAUUCAAAUUUUGUUGAUAUAGACAUUC